AUGCCAUGUGUUCUGUUUUGCUUGAUUCACUUCUUCCCGCAAAUUCCGUUGAGGAGGAGGCACACAGUCUCGCAACGUUCGUUCAAGGGCCACAGGAACCUGCUUCCUCGUAUGCUCUCCGUUUCCGUACUGUCAUGGCACGGUUCCAAGCUGCCGUCGAGCGUGAUGGUAGUCGUACCGCUUGGAAUUGCAUCACAGUAGCUCUGUGGCAAAAUGGGUUGACCCAUCGUUAUCGUUUGCUCGUUGAGAGCCAAUACCGAAUCCGUCCCUAAAACUCAGUGCCGCAGAUGGUGCACCAGUCAAAGUUUUAUGAUUUAUUUCGUUCGUUGUUCGGUUGGGAGACGUGUCCCGCCGGAUCGAUGCGUCGGUCGUACCAUCGCUCGGUCCUUAUCAAAUACUCCUCGACAAUGAUGCAAUGACUCGGUUUGGGGCAGUGCUUGACUGGAAAAAUUAACGUUUGAUUUUUGAGUGUAGUGACACUAUUGUCUCCGCUAUUCACCGUAAAAAAUCUCAACACGGUUCUGAUCCGUCGCCGUCCCCCCGUGUUGCAGUCGUUUAUCGAAAUGCGGA